UGCCGCAGUUUAUUGUUUGCUACUUUUCCUAAACCUGGCUACCGGUUGGAGAAUCACACGGUUCGAACUAUCGACGUUGUCAACGAGGAUCUCUGCAUGUUCCAAUGCUACCUGGAACCUAAUUGCAUCAGUUAUAACUUCUGUGAGAUAAAACAGCUGUCUGGAAAACAUGAGUGUGAUCUGAAUAACGCGACUAUUGAACAUGAUGAAGACCUGGUGAAAAACGAAAGUUACAUUUACCGCGGAGCAGAGGUGAGGAUCAAUUCUAUGAGGGAAAAGUAAUACUCUUUGUCCGGGAAAGCUCUGAUACGAAAUCAAGGGAUAUCCCCACCUCUCCUACUAAUUUAAAUAACCCUCUCGCAACGGGAAUAAAUGUAACGCGAACAUCCGCGUAUAUCGCCAACAACCUUGCGUGGAAAGAGCGCAACAAAAGCACUCGCGAACAUCAAAUUAAGAGUACACUCGAGGACCACGAGGGCGGACGGGUGGAAUCAAGAAACGUCCAAAACAUAGCCCAAAAAAUGGAACUGCAUGCAUGAGACAUACGCACACCAUUGCAAGUGCGGACGACAAACACACGGGAAGAAUUUGUUAGCCUGCCAAAACAUUAUUUUAAAUUUCUCUUUUCCUUUCCUUCCUAAGAAUGCUUGUAAGAAAAAUCCUUGCAAGAAUAACGCAACAUGCCAAGCUGGGUUUACAGACAGGGACUAUCAGUGUUUGUGUGUUGAUGGAUCUGGAUUUAAAGGCCACGAUUGUGAU